AUGAGUGCCGUUGAGGAUAACACAUGGGUCCGGAAUUUUCUACCAGGCUGGUAUGCACCGGAGGAGAAAGUACAAUUUGCGAGGCCGAAUGAGACGCUCAAGAACGCCUCUCCGCGUUCCCAUGCCGAGCUUUAUCAAAGCCUCAACGGGGCAGAUGAGAUCCGGGUCAUGGAGCUGAAGCCUGGCAAUUGGGACGAUGGACUUUGUGCUUCUCUCCAUCACUGCUCGAUGGAAAGCGAGAUUGGGUAUGAGACCCCAGGUCGUAGGUACUGGAAGAAGAGGCCCAUGGAAUAUACGGCAAUAAGCUACGCGUGGGGAAAACUCGUCUACGACGGGACGAUUGACUGUGAUGGACAUACUAAAGCCAUCACAAAGACACUAGAAGUGGCACUCAGGCAUUUUCGUCAUCCCCAGGACUCGAUAUUAAUAUGGGUAGAUCAAAUAUGCAUUAACCAGGGUGACGAGGGAGAGAAGACACAACAAGUCUUGCUGAUGGGGAAAAUCUAUGGACUCGCCAUGAACACGGUAGCGUGGCUUGGGGAAGCCGACAGCAAGACACCUGGUUCAUUUGACAUUUUGGGCGAGCUUGGCGUCCGAUUGCAAUACUCAUACAGAAUCCGCUGCCCUGGAGACUUGAUCAGCCUCCUUUGUCGCCCAUGGUUUAGCAGACUAAGGAUCAUCCAGGAAGUCGUCCUUUCUGAGAAUCUGUGGAUAAAAUGUGGCCCACAUGUCCUGCACUGGGAUGUCGUUUCUAAUGGAUGUGGGCGACUGGUUGAUGCUGGAAUCAUCGGCUGGUUAGGGAGUCUCAUUGAGGACGGACCCGAAGCAGCGAACACGUGCCAAGCACUCCGUCAACUCAUGAGCCAACAGGACUCUACAUCGUACCUGGCACCUACCGGUAUUCGUGCGAGAAUAUUCACUCUCCUGAAAAUGACUCAGCAUGCUUUAUGUAGUGACCCACGUGACAAAAUCUACGGCAUGCUUGCAAUGGCCAGCCAAAAGGAGGAGAGAACUUUCCGGGUAGAUUACAGCAGCGGUUAUACCUUCUCAAAUCUCUAUUUAGAUGUGGCAAUAGAUGAGACCAGCCCCAUUCAGAAAUACGAGGGCUCAAUCCACUCACUUCUGUCAGCGGUCGAAGCUUCACAGCUCGAGAUGACAAUGCCUUUGCCUCUGCCGUCUUGGGUUCCGGAUUGGCGACCAGACCGGCGUCGUCUGUCCCGACCAUUUGGUGGAGGCCGCACGUACACAGGAUACAGGUUCUGCGCGUCCGGGGAUAGCGAACCUAACUUUGAGCUAAAUCCAGCUGACAAUAGCCAGUUGCAUAUCCAGGCAUAUGAAGUUGACUCGAUAGCCGAUAUAAGCAAUGUUUUCCUCUCCCCGUCUCUAUCUUACCAGGAAGCUGCUUCAUCAAAUCGAGAUUUGCUAUCCUGUCUCGAUCUAUCAGCCCGGUUGAAGAAGUAUCCCGGCUCAUGUACCGUUUUCGACGCCUUCUGGCUCACGACCGUUGCUGGCGUCGAUGAGACAGGAGACGCACCAGCUCCGCACACAUUUGCAGAGGCUUUUAGCAUUCUCUUUGAUGCUACUACUGGAAGAACGCCGUCCUUACCAGGCCAGUCAUACACGAAGCGGCAGCAACUGCCGGAAGGAAGGGGAAGGCUGACGCCAGCCCAUCUCAGGGAGAAAAGCAUAGGCACCACAUAUGGCAAUGCCCUCUCGGCUUUUCAAGCUGCAAUGAGCGGUCGGAGGUUUGGCAUUACGGCGAAAGGCUAUAUUGGAUUGUUCCCGUGCGCCAGCUCAAGAGGCGAUAGUAUCAUUUUGGUCAGUGGCUGCCCUGUUCCGUAUGUGAUACGACGAGUCGGGCAGGAUCAGUGGCGAUAUCUUGGUGAAUGCUAUGUCCACGGUAUGAUGAACCGAGAGGUCAUACCUGUGGAUGGUUUUAGUUGGGAAACUAUUAUCCUUGUAUAA